AUGCUGAAAGAGCUUCGAUUCCUUUCUUUCUGUUUGGUUGUAGUUCAGACACUGUCCUUUGCUCCGAAACAAGUUCCCACUCUACACGGUAGCGAGUCGUUGUUCUCGACAACCCAAAAUGAUGUUAUUUCUUUCAAUUUUGAGAAACCUCUCGGUAUGAUUCUUGAGGAAGUAGUAGAGGGUGAGCCAAUGGGGGUCUAUGUUAUUGAACUAGCAGAUGAGGGUAGUGCGACGUCAUUUCCCGAAAUCGUUGGACUACAGUUAGAAACCGUGAUGAACGAAGACGUCAGCAACUUGUUAUUUGAUGACGUGAUGGCAAAGCUGGUCGAUGCACCAUCUCCUGUCUCCAUUUCAUUCCUGAAGAAGAACGGAAAUGCCGAUGCUUUGAGCGUUGGCACGCCUGUCACAAUCAAUGUGAUUGAUGGGGACAAGGAGGUAACUAUUGAAGCGAAGGUUGGCGACAACUUGAGGCAAGUCCUCCUUGACAACGAUUUUGAAGUCUACAAGGGUCUGAAGCAAAAGCUUGGGAAUUGUGGCGGCGCGGGUCAAUGUGGCUUCUGUGCUGUUGGAGUAGAUGGAGCUUGGGAGCCUCGUUCCGAAUAUGAAGACAAAAAGUUGAAGAAUUCACCCGAGUCUCGUCUGUCGUGCUUGAACAACAUUCAGGGUCCUGCAAACAUCAAGCUUUAG